GACCAUCGCAUCAGUUUAUGGGAGAUCUAUUGAUUGUCAUGGUAAGUUAGCGGAGAAGCCUAAAUUAGCAAUUUGCCUAUCGUUUUGCGCCUACCUCCAAUGCAUCUCUCAUCCUUAUCAGCGUUGACUUUCAAGUCCGACGGUGCCAAAACCCACCCACACCAACCAAAUGAAAAAAUUGAUAGGCAAUCCAACGUAAUGCUGGAUGCUUUUGCCGUAAAAUAAUAUAAAUACCAUGAACAAAAUAUCCUAGACAUUCUCACUUACUUCCUCUCUCUUCUCUUCCCCCUCUUCCUUCGCACGCCCUAUUUUUUUUCUAUACCAAACUCAAAUCAGUUUUCUGAAGAACACAAUCAUAUUUUAAAAAAAUGUCCGAUACUGCUCCUUCAGACCCAACGUACAAAUCCGGAGACAUUGCUUGGACGCUGAUGUCCACAGCUCUUGUGUGGUUGAUGAUCCCAGGGUUGGGAUACUUCUACUCUGGCAUGGCUAGAAGCAAAAACGCAUUGUCGUUGAUCAUGGUCAGCGUCAUCUCUAUUGCCGUAGUUUCUUUUCAGUGGUGGCUAUGGGGUUAUUCACUCACUUUCAGCCGAGGGGCGAACCGCUUCAUUGGCAAUUUGGACAAUGCCUUCCUUCGAGGAGUCCUUGGCGGUCCUUCCAUCGCUACUCCCAAUAUUCCCGACCUUGUGUUCUGCAUCUUUCAAUGCAUGUUCGCAGCUAUCACGCCUGCCUUAGCCAUUGGUUCAGCUGCUGAACGAGCUCGCAUCCUUCCUAUGAUCAUCUUCAUUUUCAUCUGGUCUACCAUUGUAUACGACCCCAUUGCCUGCUGGACAUGGAAUCCAGCUGGUUGGUCCUUCCAAAUGGGUGGUCUCGAUUUCGCUGGUGGUACGCCUGUCCACAUUUCUUCUGGAUUCGCCAGUUUGGCUUACUGUGUUAUCUUGGGCAAACGCCAAGGCCAUGGAAAGGAAGAAUUCAAGCCUCAUAACAUGAGCAACGUUGUUCUGGGUACCGCUUUGCUUUGGUUCGGCUGGUUUGGCUUCAAUGGAGGUUCAGCUUUGGCUGGUAGUAUGCGUGCUGCCAUGGCUUGUGUUGUUACCAACUUGGCUGCUUCCACCGCUGCCAUCACUUGGAUGUUACUGGACUACCGUUACGAACGCAAGUUCUCCGCCCUAGGUUUUUGUUCCGGUGCUGUAUCCGGUCUUGUCGCUAUUACACCUGCAUCUGGCUAUGUAGGGCCUGCUGCUUCUGUUGCCAUUGGCUUCGUCGGCGCUAUUGCCUGUAACCUUGCCGUUAAGCUCAAGCAUCGAAUGAACUUUGAUGAUGCUCUUGACGUCUUUGCUGUCCACGGUAUUGGUGGUAUUGUCGGUAACCUCAUGACUGGUCUCUUUGCUGAGCAAUACAUUGCUGCACUCGACGGAUCUACCAUUGCUGGAGGUUGGAUCAAUCACAAUUGGAUUCAACUUGCCUAUCAACUCGCCGAUGCAUGCGCAGGAGCCGCUUGGUCAUUCGGUGUCACCUUUAUCAUCCUGAUUAUCAUGGACCGCAUCCCUGGUCUUUCUCUCCGUGUCCACCCCGAUGUUGAACUUCAGGGACUGGAUCAUGGCGAAAUCGGUGAAAUGGCUUAUUACCAUGUUGAAAAGGUUAUCCGCAUCGAUCCUGAAACCCACGAACCCAAACUUGUUGAAGAAAUUCAUCAGCAAAUUCGCCCUAACGGUGAAGCUAUCCAAGGCGCUGACAGUACCGUUGGUUCUGCUAAGUUUGCUUCCGUUAUUAAUGUCGACGAACAUGGAAAUGAGCGUGUGCAUCAUGUUGAACAAGUUUCAUCACCUCAUAUGUCUGGCGAGCUUCAACCCCGUCACAAUCCUGGCGCAUUGAACAACGUUUAGACAAAAGAAAUUACGUGGAUGAAAAAAAAAAAAAAUUUCUGUUCACACAUGUCUCUAGCAUAUACUCUCUCAUUUUUUCUUACUUUGCUUAUAUUUUCUACUCUUCCUUGUGUAAACUUGAAUGUCCCCCGCCCCAUAAAUGUACAAAUCUUUCUCAUUCGUCGUUGCAUUAUACCUAACCGAUAAAACCGCUCUUAACGUCGGAAUUGUUUAUUCAUGCCUUGAAAAAUAAAUUUAUCUCAAUCCAUCUCUCUACUUCAUCCAA